UCACAGGCGCGCGCUCGACUCUGGGUGUGCACGACAGGGCAGGCGCACGUGCACGCCCUCAGCUCUCCUCUCCUCUUCCGCAGAGUAUCGCACACAGCAGAAGCAGCAGCAGCAGCGCCUCUGGGAGGAUGGAUGAAGCGGGCUCGUUUGGAGCGGGCCGAGCCGGUUCGGCCUUUGAUCUGAUUGCGUUCAUCAAACAACCACAGACAGUCCUUAGAGUCUUGGCAUGGAUCUUCUCCAUGGUGGUCUUUGCUUCUAUAAUAAAUGAGGGCUAUGUGAAUAUGGGCAGUGAGCGCCUGCACUGUGUCUUUAAUAAGAACGCAGACGCCUGUAACUACGGCAUCACUAUAGGAAUUGUGGCUUUCUUAGCCUGCGUCUUCUUCCUGGCCAUGGACGUCUACUUCCCCCAGAUCAGCAGUGUUAAAAAUAGAAAGAGAGCAGUGCUGUUGGAGAUGGUGUGUUCAGGAUUCUGGACGUUCCUUUGGUUUGUAGGAUUCUGCUUUUUGGCGAAUCAGUGGAGUCAUACUUCCCCUAAGGAGCUGCCGCUGGAGCAGGCGUCAGACGCAGCACGAGCAGCUAUCGCCUUUUCUUUCUUCUCCAUCCUUACCUGGGCGGGCCUUACGGUGUGCGCCGUUCAGAGGUUCCUGCUCGGUACUGACAUGACACUGUUCACCACCGAGCACAUGUCUGCCCAUCCGCCCAAGCAGCCGUACCCCUCCAAUGACGUCAUCGGUCAGACCACCAUCCCCGUCAAUGCUUACCAGAGUCCGCCGCUCAUCGAAACCGUGGAGACCUGCCCCCCUGGAUACAAGAUCCCGCCUGCAUUUUAAUCCACAACCAAUCAGAAGGCAAGGAAUAUAGCAGCGCUAAAGGACAGAAUAUAGACUGCCGUCAAUGUUAGCUAAAUGUAUCGUAUCAUAUCACGUUUUAGUAAUGAGGUGGUGAGGGGAUGAUGCUCUCCUUCUGUAGUCUGCACUAUAAUACAGUCUGAUAAUGUAUAGUCUCACUUUAACCUGAGCAAAGAUGGAUGUUUUGGGUUGAUUGUGAUUGCCUACCCAAAUGUUUUACAUUCGGCUACAAAUAAUUGUCAAAAUCACCAUGCACUAUUUAUUUAGUAAUUAUUGUUUAAUUAAAUAAAUGAAAAAAUAAUUAAAGGUGCACUAAGUACUGGCUCUUGCAUUAUUUAAAAUAAACAGUUUUUGCUUACUAAAUAAAUCACAAAAU